AUGACUAGACUGUUUUCACAACGUCAUGCUACUUCGUCUGCCAUUGCAAAAAUGAUUUGCAACAAAUAUGCCAAUCCAAAAACAAUAUACACUCCGGCAGACAUCAUGAGUGACAUGAAACAACAGUAUGUGAUUAAUAUGAGUUACGUAAAAGCUUAUAGAACAAAAGAAAAGGCGCAUGAACUACUAAGAGGGAUACCACGCGAAUCUUAUAGAAAACUGCCGGGUCACUUGUAUAUGAUAAAUAUGACAAAUCCUGUGGUUGAUGGGACAUUCCUCAAAUCAUCACACAGAGGAACAAUGUUAACAGCUAGCGCACAAGAUGCGGCAGGUAAAAUUUUUCCACUAGCAUACGCUGUUGUAGAUUCUGAAAAUGAUGCUUCCUGGGAAUGGUUUUUUGAAAUGUUUGGACAGGCUUUUGGGGAAAGGGAAAGGAUGUGCAUCGUAUUAGAUCGUCAUGCAAGCAUAUUGAGGGGUGUUUCGAUUGUGUAUCCAGAGGUAUCUCACUGUGUAUGCAUCUUUCAUCUUUGGAAUAACAUAAAGAAGCAGUUCAAGAAGAACCAUGACCGGCUGAGGGAAGUAUUUUUUACAAUGGCCAGAGCAUACAAAAUUGAAGAUUUUAAUCGCCUCAUGCAAGAUAUGGACAUCAUUGAUAAGAGGGUAAGGGGUUACCUAUUCCAAGUUGGUUAUGAAAAGUGGUCUAUAGUGCAUUCCACUAUUAAUAGAUCCAUGGUGAUGACUUCAAAUAUUGCCGAGUCACUCAAUGCAAGGAACAGAGAGGCAAGAGAGCUACCAAUCAUGAGUUUGCUAGAUUACAUGAUGAAUUUGGUUAUGGAAUGGAAUAAUACAAAUAGAAUGACUGCAAUGAGUACAUUUAUUGGCGUAGGAAAAAAAUAUCAUGAAGUACUGAAGGAAAAUAGCUAUUUGUCGCAGAAGAUGACGGUGAGGCCUUCAACCGAUUAUGUAUAUGUAGUAAUGGAUGCUGAACAAAGGAGGAACAUAGUCUGCAUGCAAAAAAGAGAAUGCUCGUGCAAACGAUUUCAAGUGGAUGAGAUUCCUUGUCCACAUGCUAUGGAAGUAUUGGACUACACAAACAUGGAAGCACCCAAAUAUUGUUCUGCCUAUUACACCAAGGACUACUUCAAGAAGACAUUUGAAGUGCCAGUUAAUCCACUUCCAGAUGAAACUUCAUGGGACCUUCCAACAGAGGUGUUAGAUAAUGUGGUCCUACCACCGAUAGUGAAGGGCAAACCAGGAAGACCGACGAAGUCGCGACGCAAGGGACUUUAUGAAUAUCUGUAUACUGAAACUGUUACAUGUGGACUGUGUGGAAAACAAGGACAUAACAGAAGAACAUGCAGGAAUCUCAAGACAACUAGUAGAUGCUGCUACAGUGAUUUAGUAUUUUCUAACAGUUUUUCUUCUGAAUAUUACAAUUGGAAAAAUAAUGAGAUUUGCAAUCAGAUUCUCUAUGAUGUAUGA